GUAAAGAAGAAGGAACAAUAGCCAAUAAAGUACUAAGAUGAGUAACUACAGAUGCAGAACUUGUUUAUAUACAUGUGAGAAAGAUUCUGCAUUCAGAAAACUUGAUAAUUUGCAAGAUUUGCUACAGCUGAUUAUUCCAGAAAUUAAGUCCCAGAUCAGUAAGACCUCUCUUAUUUGUGAACAAUGUUUUUAUUUUCUUAAAAAUGUAGAGAUAUUUAAAAACAGAUGUUUAGAAAUACAAGAUAAAUUUGUAUCCAUUACUUCUGCUAUUACUAUUCUACAAGUUAAUGUACCACAAGAUGUAGUUCAAAAUACAAGUUCAGUAUUGUAUGAUUCACCGAAUGAUAGUCAAGCAGUUAUAAGAAAUGAUGAUCUUUUACAAUUACUGAACAGCAAAACAAGUAAAUGUGAUCUAGAAGCAGAGAAGAAUAAAUGUAAUUUUGUUGAUUCAAAUGAGAAUAUAGAAAUAGAAAUAGACAGUAGUGAUGAAGAUGAGUACAUGUCAAGGGAGGAUCUUAUUUCUUCUGGAGUAAUUGUUGAUGAUAAAGACACUAACAGUGGAGAUAUAGAGUUUAUUGGAUUUUGCAAUAGUAAGAAUCCUGUGAUGAAAGAAAUUCAUCCUCCAAAUAAAUAUAGCAGUAAUAAAGUACCUGUUAUUAGUCAAGUAGGUGAAAAUGUAGCUGAUAUUGUGCCGAAGAAAGAGUUACAGGAGAAUGUUUCAGGGUCGUUUUAUAAAAGGUCCCAAGGUGGUCUGUACGAAUGUAGAUUAUGUGAUAAGAAAUAUAAAAGGUCUAAAUUCUUACACCGGCAUUUAAAAAAGGAGCAUGUCAAUCAGUUGAAAUGUUUUUAUUGCGACUACUGUAACUUUGUAUGCCUGUGGAGGUCAUCACUGAAGAGACAUAAUUCAAUUUUUCAUAAAUAAAAUUAUUACAGGAAGUAAUAUUGAUUAUUAUUUUCUGUAUAUUAACGUUACAUGCCAAAUAAAUUUUUGGUUGUUAAUAUAUAAGACUUAUGAUAUUGCAUGAUUAAAAGGUGUUAAUAUUAUGGUGCAAUCUUAGAAUCUCGAUAAUUUUUUACAUGUGUAAGUGUUCUUUUAAAUUCAGUUUUAAAUAUUUCUGAAUUUGAUUUUCAAGAUAUUUUAUAUUAAAUAUAGUAACACAAAUUUUGAUAUAUUUUUACAUACACACAUAUCUGUGUUUUAUAUAAAUAUAUGUAAUAUUUUUUGUUGCAUUCUUGACUGUUUUCUCUUUGUAAAGAAGUACCUGUAUUCUAUUAAAUAAAAUAAAAAUUGCUUGUA